AUGUUUGAUAAUGAAGCCACAAUGAAUGUCCCAGUUGAUGAAAAUCAGUCUGAAAUCACAGAAUGUUCGACAGAAUCACUUAACCGUACUUUUGAAUCAGGAGAGAACACAGAAAAGCUCACUACAGUAAUGAACCAGGGAUCUCGAACUAUUACACGUCCAAUCAAACCUCGCGAAACUAUUAACACCAAUGGAUCUUUAAACACCACUAGAACAAUGGUUCGAGAGCGACAGAAAACGAUGGUAGUUGAAAGCCAAUUAGUUAGUGACGUUCGAAGAAUACUAUCCGAAGCUAAGAUCAACGAAAUUCCUGAAUUAGCGGGCUUGGAAAGAAAUUUGAUAAGUACUCUUCAAAAACACGAGAACGAUGUAAACGCUAAACUUUAUGAGGCUACUUCUAAAUCGAGCUCCCCUAUCGAAUCACUAUUAUACAAGCAUUUCAAUGCUGAUUUAAGAAAAAUGGUCAGACUUUUGCUUUCUGAAGUACAAAAGAGUGGAGGUCCAGGUAACACUUGUAAAGCUUGCGAUGGAAGUUGUGAUUAUUCUAGGAAAUUGCGACUGGAUCUAGAGAGUGCUGCUGUUGAAUUGGAUAAUCUUCACCAGGAGUAUUCCAAGCUUUAUGAGAACUUCGGGAAAAGUCGUAAUCUUCUGCAUUUGCAAAAGAAGGAGUACGUUCAAUUGGAGACUGUUUUGAAUGAGGAGCGACAGAAAUAUAAGCAGUUGAUGGAAAAAUUUGUUCGCCUGCGAGAAGAUGCUACUCGUAAGCUUGAACAUGCUUCCCAAGAAAUUGUAAGCUGUGAAAAUAAACACGAAGAGAACACUAAGGGCUUACGUUUGAAGGUUAAAGCCUUCGAACUCGAAAUUAAGAAUCUCAGAGAAACUGUGGAAUUAAAGAGAAAGGAGAAUGAUGAUCUUCAAAGAAUGCUCAGAAGUAUAGUGACAGAUCUAGAAGUCAAUUCAGAUCUCUCAGAAUCUGAGCAAUAA